GGGACCCCCGGGGCAGGACCCAUGAGGAGGUAUAGAAGAUGCUCGCAGCCUGGGCGCCUCUGCUCUUCUUAGCAAUGUGGGUGAGAAGCACCGCCAGUGGGCCGCUCUCCUUCAGAAUAGCUGCAAUCCUCGAUGACCCAAUGGAGUGCAGCCGGGGGGAGCGCUUAGCCAUCACUCUGGCGAAGGACAACAUCAACCGCUCCAGCAACCGCUCCACCACAGGCAAGCUGGAGGUGGACAUCUUUGAGCUGCUGAGAGACAGUGAAUAUGAGACAGGAGAGACCAUGUGCCAGAUCAUGUCUAAGGGGGUGGUGGCGGUCCUCGGCCCCUCUGCCAGCCCGGCGUCCAACUCUAUCAUCAGCAAUAUCUGUGGAGAGAAAGAGGUGCCGUACGUGAAGGUGGCUCCAGAGGACAUCCUGAAGGUGCAGUUCCCCCGCUUCACCACACUGGACCUCAGGCCCACCAACACAGACGUCAGCCUGGCUGUAGCUGGCCUCCUCACCUUCUUCAACAGCACCACGUCCUGCCUCAUCUGCGUCCAGGCCAACUGCCUAUUAAACCUGGAGGUGUUACUGCGACAGUUUCUCAUCUCCAAGGAAACCCUCUCGGUUCGCAUGCUGGAUGACAGCCAAGACCCGACCCCCCUCCUCAAAGAGAUCCGAGACGACAAGACCGCCACCAUCAUCGUCGAUGCCAAUGCCACCAUGUCCCAUAUCAUCCUGGAGAGGGCAUCAGAGUUGGGCAUGCUCUCUGUCUACUACACCUACAUCUUCACCUCUCUGGAAUUCUCUCUGCUGCGACUGGACGAUGUAGCCGACCAGCGGGUGAACAUCGUUGGCUUUUCCGUCUUCAACAAGACACACCCUUUCUUCCAGGACUUCCUCCUCAGCCUCAACCGCUCCUGGCAGGAGAACUGUGACCACGCCCCUUUUGCAGGGACGCCGCUGUCGUCGGCACUGCUGUUUGAUGCGGUACACACGGUGGUGGCGGCUGUGCAGGAGCUGAAUCGUAGCCAGAACGUGGGGGCCACUCAGCUAUCCUGCAAGUCAUCCAAAAUAUGGGAGCAUGGGACCAGCCUGAUGAACUACCUGAGGAUGGUAGAAUUGGAAGGUCUAACGGGCCACAUCGAGUUCAACAGCAGGGGCCAACGCUCCAACUAUGCCCUCCGUAUCAUGCAGAACAGCAGGGAUGGCCUAAGGCAGAUUGGCCAGUGGCACUCAGAACAGGGGCUGUCCAUGGAGAGAAAGCUUCCCUCACUCAAUGUGACAGACACGCUCUUCAACACUACGCUCAUCAUCACCACCAUCCUGGAGAAUCCCUACGUGAUGCUAAAAUCCAACUACCAGGACCUGGAGGGCAAUGACCGCUAUGAGGGCUUCUGCGUGGACAUGCUGAAGGAGCUGGCCGACAUCCUGAAGUUCAAGUACCGCAUUAAGCUGGUGAGCGACGGCGUGUAUGGAGUGUCUGGAACCAAUGGAACCUGGACGGGCAUGGUGGGAGAACUCAUCGCCCGGAAGGCUGACCUGGCUGUAGCUGGCCUGACCAUCACGGCCGAGAGGGAGAAGGUCAUUGAUUUCUCCAAGCCCUUCAUGACUCUGGGGAUUAGCAUCAUGUACCGUGUGCACUUGGGAAGAAGACCGGGGUAUUUCUCCUUCCUGGACCCAUUCUCUCCAGGGGUCUGGCUCUUCAUGUUGCUGGCGUAUCUGGCAGUUAGCUGCGUGCUCUUUCUGGUAGCCAGGCUCACUCCCUACGAGUGGUACAAUCCACACCCCUGCCUGAAGGGACGCUGUAGUCUGCUUAUUAAUCAGUACUCUUUGGGGAACAGCUUCUGGUUUCCUGUUGGGGGGUUCAUGCAGCAAGGCUCCACUAUUGCCCCCAGAGCGCUCUCCACACGCUGCGUCAGUGGAGUAUGGUGGGCCUUCACCCUCAUCAUCAUCUCUUCCUACACGGCCAACCUGGCCGCCUUCCUCACUGUGCAGAGGAUGGAGGUGCCCAUCGAGUCCGUAGACGACCUGGCAGACCAGACGGCCAUUGAGUAUGGCACCAUGCACGGAGGCUCCACCAUGACCUUCUUCCAGAACUCCCGUUACCAGACGUACCAGCGCAUGUGGAACUUCAUGCACUCCAAGCAGCCCAGUGUGUUUGUGAAGAGCACUGAGGAGGGCAUUGCCAGGGUGCUGAACUCCAACUACGCCUACCUGCUGGAGAGCACCAUGAAUGAAUACUACCGGCAGCGCAACUGCAAUCUCACACAGAUAGGGGGCCUGCUGGACACCAAGGGCUAUGGCAUUGGCAUGCCUCUGGGCUCAGUGUACCGGGAUGAGUUUGACCUGGCCAUCCUCAAACUGCAAGAGGAGAACCGGCUGGAGAUCCUCAAGAGGAAAUGGUGGGACGGCGGCAAAUGUCCUAAAGAGGAGGACCAUAGAGCCAAAGGCCUUGGCAUGGAGAACAUUGGUGGGAUCUUUGUGGUGCUGGUGUGUGGUCUAUUAGUAGCUAUCUUCAUGGCGGUGCUGGAGUUUGUAUGGAUGCUGCGUCAGACUCCAGGAACAGAGCUGUCGGUGUGUGAGGAGAUGCUGCGGGAGCUGCAGGGCAUCGUGCUGUGUCGGGACAGCCUGCAGCUGCGGCGGCGUCGCGGAGGUUCCUCAGCUUUGCGACCGCGCCCCCUGGCCCUGGAGGAACGGCGGCAACGAGCCACAGCCGCCAGCCUCAGUAACGGCAAGUUGUGCACAGGCACUGGCCUGCCCGAGCCCCUCCCCCACAGACUGGCUCAGGAGGCAGCCCUGGCGGCACGUGGUUGCAGCCACAUCCGCAUCUGCCCUGAGUGCCGACGCUUUCAGGGGCUGCGUGUGCGUCCGGCCGGCCCACCGGGGGCCUCGCCCACACACAGCGAGGACAGCAUGGAGUGGGAGAAGACCACCAACAGCAGUGAACCUGAAUAACCAGCCUCCGGACCCCGCUGU